UAUGGUAAUGGGCUAAUGAUCGCAACUGGCCCAUAUUUAAAUUACCGUACGAAAGGAGUGAAUUGACAAAAGAUAGGACGUUAGAGGUUCUAAAUGAUAAUAAAGGGAAAGAUGAGGGACCAAGCAAGUAAUUUCACGCGGCUCCAAUGAAUUUCAUUUACUACCCACCAGCUGUAACAAUAAUUGAAAAUAAAAGAAAAUCACCAAAGAAAAUAAUAAAAACAUUUCCCCCAAAAUAGAAGCUGCUCCACCCCAAACCCAAAGCACACACUACAGUUCUAGAGAGAGAAAAACACUCCCAACUCCUCCCCCAAUUCUUCUCUCUCUUUCUCUUUCUCUCUCACGCACCACACACACACACACACACUUCACACACCGCAAUCUCAGCUCUCCACCUCACCCAUCACAGAGACCCCACAAAUCUCUCCUCCUCCCCCCUUAAACCUCAAGCCCUCCAUAAAUCUCUCUCAUUUUUUUCUGUUGAGCAAUGCCAGCUUCCUCCUCAGAGGCAAGAGCGAGGUGGAGGAAGCGGAAAAGAGACCACCCAGCUACACGUAAAUCUAAACUGAAAGAACAAGAUAAUGAUGAUGCAUUUGAGGACAAUGAGGAUGACGACGACGUCGAUCUGGACCCACAGCAAAAUCACCUGGAACCUGAAGAUGAUUCCCAGAAUCAUAAUGCUGACCGGGCAACCCAUAUAACUGGAGAGAAGGAGGGUGAAAAGUUGGUUAGUGGUGGAUUAAGAAUAUGUGAGUUUCCAAUUGUAAUUAAGAGGGAGGUUAGUUGGCCCCACUCCUCAGUCCUUCGAAUUGUGGAAGCUGAGAGGGCUGCACGAAUUGGGAAUAGCAGAGGCCAGGGUCAGGGUGGCGUGGCAGCGUUGGAGAAUAUUUCUUAUGGGCAGCUGCAGGCACUUUCCGCUGUGCCUCGUGAUAGUCCAGCUCUUUUAGGGGCAAACGUGGAAGAUACUGCAGGUGGUUCGUAUGUGAUCACGCCACCUAGGAUAGUUGCGGGGCGUGGUGUUUCUAAAAGGCUUGGCAGUGCGGGUCGCUUUCAUGUUGUGCCAGUACAUUCAGAGUGGUUUUCGCCAAGUACAGUACAUAGAUUGGAGAGACAAGUAGUGCCACACUUCUUCUCGGGGAAAUCAGCUGAACAUACUCCUGAAAAAUACAUGGAGUGUCGGAACUCUGUGGUUGCCAAGUAUAUGGAGAACCCUGAAAGGCACCUGUCAGUUGUUGACUGCCAGGGUCUAAUAGUUGGUAUUGAUAAUGAUGAUUUAACUCGAAUCGUUAGGUUUCUGGAUCAUUGGGGGAUUAUCAACUACUGUGCAACUCCUUUUAAGCAUGUGUCCCAGAAGGAUGGAACGUACUUGUGCGAGGACUCAAAUAGUGAACUUCGGGUGCCUUUGGCUGCUUUGAAAUCAAUAGAUAGCUUAAUCAAGUUUGACAAGCCAAAAUGUAGGCUCAAGGCAACCGAUGUUUAUCCAGAACUUGCAUCUCAACGACACGAGGACUCUGACUUUGACAGUACUAUCAGAGAGCAAUUAUCUGAGCAUCAAUGCAGUUGUUGUUCUAGAUCUAUUCCUAGUGUGUAUUAUCAGUCGCAGAAGGAGGUUGAUGUGCGGCUGUGUCUGGAUUGUUUUCACGAGGGAGGAUUUGUUGCUGGUCAUUCUAUGCUGGAUUUUGUCAAGGAGAGUUCCGUGAAACUUUUUGGAGAUGUGGAUGGAGAUAGUUGGACUGACCAGGAAACAUUACUGCUGCUCGAGGGAAUGCAGCUGUACAAUGAAAACUGGAACAAAGUUGCUGAGCAUGUUGGCUCAAAAUCCAAAGCACAGUGCAUCCUUCACUUUGUCCGCCUUCCUCUAGAUGGAGUUCCAUUGGACAAUAUUGAUGUUCCAAGCACAUCUGGUUCAUCCAUUUUAUGGAGCCAUGAUACUCAUGAAAGAUCAGAAGCCAAUUCAAAUGGUUUCUGCUUGCAGGGCCCACGGUGCUGUUCGUUACAGGUAGCCUUUCUUGCUUCUGCACUGGGGCCGAGAGUGGCUGCUGCCUGUGCCCAUGCAUCCUUGUCUUCAUUGUCCAAGGAUAGUUGCACUGAAGGGAUUCCUAAUGGAGGUAUCACAAAUUCUCAUAAAAAAGGUCCUCUGAGCCAAGGUGACGCUGAAGGUGGUCAGUUAUCUGCUGAAAAAGUGAGAGCUGCUGCAGAAGAUGGACUUGCUGCUGCGGCCAUGAAGGCAAAGCUCUUUGCUGAUCACGAAGAGCGUGAAAUUCAGCGUUUAUCUGCUAAUAUCAUAAACCAUCAGUUGAAAAGAUUAGAGCUGAAGCUGAAGCAGUUUGCAGAAGUGGAGACCUUGCUAAUGAGAGAAUGCGAACAGAUGGAAAGAACAAGGCAAAGGAUUGCUGCAGAGCGGGCCCUCAUGAUGUCAUCACAGUUUGGAUCUGGUGGAGUAGCGGCACGUUUACCAGGUGUGGGCCCCAAUGCCAUUGUAAAUAAUACAUCAGCAGGAAACAAUAAUAGUAAUAAUAAUCGGCAGCAAGUUUCGAGCUCCUCUCAGCAGCCUUCCAUUUCUGGAUACGGCAAUAACCAACCCAUCCAUCCGCACAUGGCUCUUAUGCAGCAGCAGCAACAGGCUAUGUAUAAUAGCCUUGGUCCGAGGCUACCUCUUUCAGCUAUACACCCUUCUUCUUCGGCCUCUAAUCCCAUUUUUAACCCUGCAUCAAAUUCACAUUCACAGCCCUCCCUUGGUGGUCAUCCCAUGCUCAGGCCUGUAUCUGGGGCUAAAUCUGGUUUAGGUUGAUCCAACGGUUGAACUUGCUUCGAUCGAUUUAUUAGCGUUGAUUGAUCUUUGGUCUUAUAUGACAUGCAUGCAUGGGUGGAACCGAGUGGAGUUUAGAUUGGCGGAUUUGACGAAUGAUCGAUUGAUUGGUUGAUUCAGGAAAGGCUUUGCUCUUAUGUUCGAUAUUUGAAUCUAUAUUUACUAAUUUCAUUGCGACAUUUUCUAAUCGGACGAUGUUUUUAGGAAUGUGUUGUUGAGAUGUACAGAUGAUGAAAAUUGCAGGAAAUUGAAUUUUAACGAGUCUUG